GCCAGACCGGAAGUGGAACUCCGCUGAGCGCACUAGCGCCCAAGCACCCUGAUCCUCAUUUCUUGUUCACACGAUUCAAACCAAUAGUUUUUAUAUUUUGAAUCAGGUAUUUCAUCUUCCUUGUUCAAUUGACAAAGCACAGCUUCUUUAUAUUCACUGAUAUACAAUUAAAAUAUUAAAACCGUAAUAAAGUGUUAAUACGCUGCAAAUCGGGAUCCGGCUGGAGCACUAUGCAAGACACGCCCCUUCAUAGCAUUCAAGUGCUACGAUUGGCCAUGAGCCUGUCACGUGCAUCUCGGCUAGUGAUAAAACCUUUAUAUAUACAGUCUAUGGAUCAAACUCAACCUUUCCAUCUUAUAUGUACACUAGUCUAUGCUCUAGUCUACACGCUUAGAACUGAAAAUGGACUCGAGGAGAAGCAAGCGAAAGAGGAUGGGGCCCCCUAAGCGUUUAGUGUCAGAAUCGGAUACAUAUUUGGCUGUCAGUGGUCAGUCUGAGGAAGAGCCAUGCAGCUCCCACACUGUGGCAAAGGAAAUGGCUGUAGUGCACUGCAGUGAUGGGUCUGACUCGGAUGCAUUCACAGGACAGCAGUCUACUAUUAAAGCAUCAACUAAAGAUGUUUCUGCAGCUCCCACAGCCAUAGCAGCUCUGAAGCGCAGAAACAGAGAUAAUAAUGCCUUGAAAAUAAGGCUAGAUGCUUCAAAGGACAAAUUAUUAACUGUUGAAAGCGAAAGGGACUAUCUGAGGAUACAGCUGGCUGAGGCUUUGGCCCUUCUAAAAAUGGCAUCAGUUAAGGCGCCAGUUACUUCUGAAGGUGACCAAAUAGGGGCAGGCAACUCCUCUUCAUCCUCCACCUCCUCCAAUUCCUCCAGUUCCUCCUCCUCCUCCUCCUCCUCCUCCUCCUCAUCCUCUUCGUCAGACAGAGGGAAGAAGAGGAAGAUCCUGACCCCAGAAGACGCCAUAAGCCGCUACAAGCGUGUUCUUGAGGCGGUAAACAAGGGGAAUAAUAAAACGGCGGCUUACAGAGCGGUAGGAGUGGACCGCAAAACCAUUGCCGACACUGCAGGAAUUGCAGAACUGCAUGCCGUGAACCCGGGAAUCUACCAAGAUAUCCGGGGAACACUGAAGAAGGGGGAAACCCUUCUCCGUUUCACUGAGAUAUGUAAAGCUGCCAUAAAGGACCAAAAUUUAGAGGGGAAGGUCCAGGACUUGAAGACCAAUGGAGGAUUAUUAUCCAUUAAUCCAAAGGGGAAGUGA